GCCUGAUCACCACCACCGCCUUCUCACUGCAACCCGCGAGCCUUCGCCUGAGCCGCUCCUCGAAUGCACCGCACGCCGUAGCCCGCCUCCAUGACACAACUCUUCAGCUCCGCCUCGGGGCACUCGACGCUGCCGCCCGAGAAACAGCGCUCCUUCUCCGGCCUCCCUUUAUCUUCCAACAAGGCCGUCAAUGGCUCCAACAGCCAAGUCUCCCAGAAAAUAAAAAACUUCUUCCGCAUCAACAGCCUGGGCAACAAUGACAACAAGGAGCGGAAGCAGUCCGACGAUGGCGUGCCUCCGCCCAACAAGUCCGAGUCCAAGUCGUUCCGCCAGUCGAGAUUCUUGCCACACAUCAAUCGGAAUCGAUCCACCACUGUAGCUAGUGAAGGCAAUCCUCUCGAUGAGGGCCUGUCGCCCACCGCUCAUUCCAAUCCAUACUUCAUUCACCAGGGGCCGCCACCCCUGCGCCAUCACAAUGAGGGCAGCGUGCCCCCAUCUCCGCCAGACACGCCGCGGAUUACCACAACCAAGGUUGACGGCGUCAGUGGAGCCAAUGACCAAGCCACAACAGCCGGCAAGGAAGAACUCGCUCGGAAACUGCGUCGCGUGGCAUCUGCCCCCAACGCCCAAGGCCUGUUCAGUAGCAGCAAAAACGACGGCCGGCCUCAGACCGCAGAGCUCGGGAAGGAGCCUCUGGUACAACAUGCCAAUUCAUCGACAUUAAGCAUGGUCGAAACCCUGACGGAUAAUGGACACCUCAUGCCAGUCGUUCCUCAAAAUGGCAUCCCGUCGCCUGGACAGAUCCGAAAUGCCGUAGCAUUCAGGAGAACGUACAGCUCCAAUUCGAUAAAGGUGCGGAAUGUGGAGGUUGGGCCCGCCAGUUUUGAUAAGAUCAAGUUGAUUGGCAAGGGAGACGUUGGGAAGGUCUAUCUCGUUCGAGAAAAGAAGUCCAGCAGAUUAUAUGCUAUGAAAGUUUUAAGCAAGAAGGAAAUGAUCAAGCGGAACAAGAUCAAGCGCGCUCUUGCAGAGCAAGAGAUUCUUGCAACCAGCAAUCAUCCGUUCAUCGUUACUCUAUAUCACUCCUUCCAGUCCGAGGACCAUCUAUACCUGUGCAUGGAAUACUGCAGCGGAGGAGAAUUUUUCAGAGCUCUUCAAACUCGACCGAACAAGUGCGUGGACGAAGAUGCUGCGAGAUUCUACGCUGCCGAGGUCACAGCCGCUCUAGAAUAUCUCCAUCUCAUGGGUUUCAUUUACCGUGAUCUGAAACCAGAAAACAUUCUCCUGCAUCAGUCAGGUCACAUCAUGUUGUCAGAUUUCGAUCUCUCGAAACAGUCAGACCCAGGAGGGAGGCCCACAAUGAUUGUCAAUGGCCGAAACGGAACCUCAUCAAGUAACCUACCUACGAUCGACACGAAGUCGUGUAUAGCGAACUUCAGGACGAAUUCGUUUGUGGGAACCGAGGAAUACAUCGCGCCGGAGGUCAUCAAGGGCUGCGGACACACAAGUGCGGUGGAUUGGUGGACGCUGGGUAUAUUGGUCUACGAGAUGUUGUAUGGUACGACGCCAUUCAAGGGUAAAAAUCGGAACGCAACAUUCGCGAACAUUCUCAGAGAUGACGUGCCUUUCCCAGAAGGCUCUGGAGCUCCGUCUGUCUCAAAUCUUUGCAAAUCCCUCGUCCGCAAACUCUUGAUAAAGGACGAGCUUCGCCGCCUCGGAUCGCGUGCCGGCGCCUCAGACGUAAAAACGCACCCCUUCUUCCGCACAACGCAGUGGGCGCUACUACGACAUACGAAGCCCCCCAUGAUUCCACACCAAGGACGCGGCAUUGAUACUGUCAACUUCCGCAACGUGAAGGAGAGCCAGAGUGUAGAUAUAAGCGCAGCGAGAGCCAAAGGCGUGCCGUUAGAUUCCGGUCUCUCGACACCAGGCGCUGAGAUUGCAGAUCCGUUUGAAGACUUCAACAGCGUGACAUUACACCACGACGGCGACGAUCAGAACCAGCAACAGCUUCAGCAAGAGGACUACGGGCAGAGUAACAGGAGGUAGGCGUAGCUAAUGAGGUUGGCACGCGCAAAAGGUGUUAGGGGAUGUUGAACAGAAAAAGAACUGUGUUAUACCUUUAUCUCUUUAUCUGACGCUCUACUCGGACUUAUCAUAGCAUGUGCCCGAGACUUUUAGGAGCCAUUAGCGUGUUGGCUUUCCUUGAACUCACUCACUCCUUCGUAGAGCAGGGUCAGGCAGGCGGUGACGGCGGAGAACUUGUUUUGUGCAUCUCGUUUUUUAUCCUUCUCAUCCUCCUGUCUGGGGCAUUGUUCGACUGGCAUGGGGCUUCUCUACUGACUUGCUCUCUCUCUCUCUCUUUCUCUUCAUCGAAUCAGCAUUUGUUUAAUCAUCCACGAGGAGGAAGAGCGUGUUAUUUUUUUCCAUUUGGGGGGCUUUUAGCAUCG